UUCUUCGAAAUUCCAAUCGAUCGGCACAGGAAAGGAAAGGAUUGUGUGAACUGCCAUCGCUCUCCGCCGAGAGAGAAUCCCCAUCGAGGCUUCCGUCCAUCCAUGGAAGCACAACCGUCGCCAAUCGCCAUGGAUUAUUCGUUCGAAAUUUUACAAAUCUACUGCCAGUACUGUGAAAUUACUUCAGCUGCGGCAAUGAUCGAUGGAAGAAAGGGUUUUGGGCCAGAUGGUGAGCAGCAGGGAGCGAGAAUAUCAAGAGAAGCACUGGCACAAUUGUUGAAAAUUUUUGAGUCAAGAGUUGCUACAAGGAUUUCAAUCUUUGAGGAAAUGUACAAGUUUAUGUCAAGACUAAAUUUCACGGGUGAUUUUGGAACGUUCUCUCGCUUUUAUGAUUUUGUUUUCUUCAUUUGCCGGGAAAAUGGUCAAAGAAACAUCACUGUAAGUAGGGCUGUUAUGGCCUGGAGAUUAGUUUUGGCUGGCAGGUUUCGGCUGCUUGACCAAUGGUGCAAAUUUGUUGAGGAAAAUCAACGACAUAACAUAUCCGAGGAUACAUGGCGGCAAGUCUUAGCUUUCAGUCGAUGUGUUCAUGAAAAUCUCGAAGGUUAUGAUCCCAAAGGAGCGUGGCCUGUCUUAAUUGAUGAUUUCGUGGAGUACAUGUACAGAACCAAGGGUUCCCACAGCACUCCGACUCUAUGCUGCAAUUGCAGUGACCCUGAACCCCAACAAUGCUCGGAUGCUCGGCCUGGUUUGAAGUUUUGCCCUGGUUCAAAGAGGAAGUCGAGCGACAACCUGCGGAUGGAUGAGGACAUUCCGGAAAAUUCAAAGCGAAGGCACCUUUCCGAGAACACGGGGCUGGCUAGCUGUUGCCAUAAUCAGCUGUGUAGCAGUGAAGACGACGGCACUGAAACAGCUAAGCAUAGUAGCCCAUUCAGUUCCUCCAAGUCUCAAUGCGCCGUCGAGGGAUGUCUGUCUAAGGGCUUCGCAGGACUCCUCUCCGGUCAUUCUUGCUUGCAGUUCGACCAGGACCGAAGAGUGUCCUACACGUAGACGGGUUAAAAAUUUACGCAAUACUCGGGUGGUUCCCUUACCUUUCAGGGAAAACACCCCACAGUUGGAACAUGUGUGUUUUGAGUAUGAAAAAAAACGAAAAAAGAAACCUAUUGAACCUCAAUGAUAGAGAUUUAUUGAUGUAGAGCAAAAUAAGAUCACAAUACUCCCAUCUCUUCUA